AUGAAGCAUCAUCUCAUGAUUGGCACUUGGACUCCUCCAGGCGCAAUUUUCACCGUCGAAUUCGACGACUCCAAGCUAACCCUCGAGCUCGUGAAGCGGACCGAAAUCCCCCAAGACCAACCAAUAUCAUGGAUGACAUUCGACCACGCACGAAAAAACAUCUACGGAGCAGGCAUGAAGAAAUGGGGCUCAUACACCGUCUCAAGUCCCACAGACAUAAUCCAUCACGCUUCGAUCCCAAUGGGUGGACAUCCCCGAGCAAAUGAUCUCGACACCAAGACCAGAGCGAUAUUCGUGCUGGCCGCAAAGAAAGCCCCGUACUGCGUCUAUGGCAACCCGUUUUACGACCACGCAGGAUUCCUCAAUGUCCAUUCCGUGAAUUCCGAAGGUGGUCUUGACAAGAAUAUUCAGAACGCGCCACUCGACGAGAACUCCGCAAUCCACGGAAUGGUGUUCGAUUCCGAGGAAGAGUAUCUGUACUCGGCUGAUAUGUGGGCCAACAAGAUAUGGUGUCAUAAGAAGAACCCUCAAACCGGCACCCUCUCCCUCAUCGGAUCCACCCCCGCACCCUCCCCAAACGACCAUCCGCGCUGGGUAGAAAUCUCCCCCUCAAACGCCUACCUCUACGUCCUCAUGGAAUCCGGAAACCGUCUCUGCAUCUACAUCAUCGACGAAAAAACCCACCUACCAGUCUACACCCGAACCUCCUACCCCCUAAUCCCGCCGGAAAUGUCCAACCUCUUCCCAAAAAUGUUUCGCUCCGACGUCGUCUUCAAAUCUCAAAGCGGGCAAUACCUCUUCGCCACCUCGCGCUCCAAUUCCCCGAAAUUAACAGGCUACAUCUCUGCCUUCCAACUCGGGAAAGAAGGACAGGUUUUGAGGCAGAUUUGUCUGAAUCCUACGCCGACGAGUGGGGGACAUAGUAAUGCUGUGAGUCCUUGUCCGUGGACGGAUGAGUGGGUGGCGCUUUGUGAUGAUGAGCAAGGGUGGGUGGAGAUUUAUCGUUGGCAUGAGGAGUUUUUGGGACGGGUGGCGCAUAUGGAUGUUAAGGAACCGGGUUUUGGGAUGAAUGCUAUUUGGUAUGAUUAG